AUGGGAGGAAAAGUUGAUGCUUCUGUCAACCAAACAAAGGGGCCAAGAACAUUCAAAUUAUCUGGACAAAACUAUCAUCAAAUCGGGAGUUUAUUGCCCCCUGAAGGAUCCACCCCCAAGUUUGCACAAUUAUAUAUAUACGACACAAAAAAUGAAGUUCAGAAUAGAAUUCAUGCACUGGGUCGUGAUGAAAGAAUAAACCAACUUCAUGCUGAAAUUGUUCAAGAUCUGAAACAAAUGCUUGAUGAGCAGAAUGUUUUGACAAAGUCAUUUAGAAUCGUCAGAGACAAAUUUCAGGAAGAUACUCAAUCCAAUUUUAGACUCAGAUUGAUAGGAAAACGGAACUAUGAUGGAAGAAGAUACAACUUACCAACAAUUUCAGAGGUUGUUGCUUUGGUAGUUGGAGAUUUUGAUGUAUCUAGAUGUGACAGAGACAUCAUCGUUGAAACCCAAUCUGGACAUCUACAAAGGAUAAAUGAGUUGAAUGCUGCCUAUUUAGGUCUUCAGUAUCCUUUAUUGUUUCCAUUUGGUGAAGAUGGUUAUAGGGAAGACAUUCCUUUAAAUGGAACAGAUGAAUCCACUGGAGGAAGGAAUUUUGUUAGCAUGCGUGAAUAUUUUGCAUACAAAAUUCAAGAAAGAAAUGGCGAAGUAGCAACAAUUGUGAACUCAAGAAGAUUAUUUCAACAAUUCUUGGUCGAUGGAUUUACCAUGGUUGAAUCGUCUAGGUUGAAGUAUAUCAGAUCUCAUCAAAAACAAUUGCGAGCUCAUAUGUACAAAGGAUUAGAAGAUGCUGUUUUACAUGGAGAGAUAAAUCCUUCUUCUCAAGGUAAAAGGGUAAUUCUUUCUUCUAGCUUCACAGGGGGUGCAAGAUACAUGAUUCAAAAUUAUCAAGAUGCUAUGGCAAUCUGCAAGUGGGCUGGAUAUCCAAAUCUUUUCAUCACAUUUACUUGCAACCCAAAGUGGCCUGAAAUUAUUAGAUUUGUAAAGAGCAAGGGCUUGCAAGCAGAAGAUCGCCCAGACAUUUUAUGUAGGGUCUUCAAAAUCAAAUUGGAUCGUUUAAUAAAGGAUUUGAAAGAGAAACAAAUUUUUGGACCAGUUAAAUCAGAAUUUCAAAAGCGUGGGUUGCCACAUGCACACAUAUUGUUGUUUCUUCAUAAUAAAUAUCCAAAUGUUGGAGACAUAGAUCAAAUAAUUUCAGCAGAAAUACCUGACGAAUCAGUCGAUCCAUGUUAUUAUAAGGCAGUUAAGAAUUUCAUGAUGCAUGGACCAUGUGGUUCUGCUAGAAAAUCGUCUCCUUGCAUGCGUAAUGGUAGAUGUACAAAACACUUUCCAAAGAAGUUUGUACAAAAUACCACUACUGAUGAAGAUGGAUAUCCUGUUUAUAAAAGAAGGGACAAUGGUAGAACUAUCAACAAAGAAGGUAUUGACUUGGAUAACAGGUACGUAGUGCCACACAAUAUAUAUUUAUUGUUGAAGUAUGGCACACAUAUAAAUGUUGAAUGGUGCAAUCAAUCUCGAUCAAUCAAGUACUUAUUUAAGUACGUUAAUAAGGGGCAUGAUCGUGUAACUGCAGCAUUUUCUCAAAGUGUGCAUGAGGAAGAAUCAUCGGCAAUUGAUGAAAUAAAAAUGUAUUAUGACUGUCGAUACAUAUCACCGUGUGAAGCUGCUUGGAGAAUUUUUAAAUUUCCAAUUAACCAUAGAGAACCUUCAGUAGAAAGACUUUCUUUUCAUCUACCAAAUGAACAAACAGUUAUUUUCUCUGAUGAUGAUCCAAUUGAUGAUGUUGCCAAUAGACCAAGUGUAAAGGAAUCAAAGUUUUUAAGCUGGUUUGAGGCAAACAAUACAUAUGAAGAAGCAAGAGAAUUAACCUAUGCGGAAUUUCCUCUUAAAUUUGUAUGGAAUAAAAAACUUAAAAAAUGGGAAAAAAGAAGAAAUUCUGCUUUUUCAAUAGGGAGAAUAUUCUUUGUACCGCCUGGAAGUGGAGAGAAAUAUUACCUUCGAAUGUUGUUGAAUGUCAUUAGAGGACCUAAGAGUUAUGAGGAUUUACGCAAAAUCAACAAUCACGAACAUUUAACUUUUAGAGAUGCAUGUUAUGCACUGGGUUUAUUAGAUGAUGACAAACAAUAUGUUGAUGCCAUAAAGGAGGCAAGUCAUUGGGGAAUGGCAUCAUAUCUUAGGCAAUUAUUUGCUAUGUUACUAUUAUCCAAUUCAAUGUCACGGCCAGAAUAUGUUUGGGAGGCAACAUGGAUUUUAUUAUCAGAUGAUAUCUUACAUGAACAAAGAAGAAUAUUGGAUAAUACAGAGGCUGAGCUAACAAACGAUGAAGUAAAGAAUCGUUGCCUACAAAAGGUGCAAAAUUUGUUGAAAGGUUGCGGCAAAACGUUAUACGAUUUUCCAACAAUGCCAAGCCCGGUUUUCAAUGAAGAGGAAGUUGAUAACACCAAUACACUAAUAUGUGAAGAAUUGCAUUACAAUAGGUGCUCUUUGUCUAAAGAACAUGAAGAAUUAUUGGUUAAAUUGACAAUGGAGCAAAAGUUAGUUUAUGACAGAAUUAUCAAAGCAGUGCAUGAGGACAAAGGUGGAUUCUUCUUCUUAUAUGGUCAUGGAGGAACCGGGAAGACAUUUAUUUGGAAAACUUUGUCUUCUGCCAUAAGAUGUAGAGGAGAUAUUGUUUUAACAGUUGCGUCCAGUGGAAUAGCAUCUCUUCUAUUACCAGGAGGUCGAACAGCUCAUUCGAGAUUUGCAAUCCCACUCAAUACAACUGAAGAUUCAACCUGUAAUAUCAAACAAGGUACUCCUUUAUCAAAAUUGAUUGUCAAGACAAAGUUAAUUAUAUGGGAUGAAGCACCAAUGAUGCAUAGAUAUUGUUUUGAAGCUCUAGACAGAACUCUAAGAGAUAUUCUUAGAUUUAAAGAUGCAUCCAAUUUAGAUCGACCAUUUGGAAGGGAAACGGUUGUUCUUGGUGGAGACUUUAGACAAAUACUUCCAGUCAUUCCAAAAGCAAUAGGUGAUGGUAUCAUUGGAAAUUCUGUUGGUGGUAUUGAUAAAGUUCACAUCCCUGAUGAUCUAAUCAUAAAUAAUUCUGGCGAUCCAACUUCAGCUAUUGUGGAAAGUACAUAUCCAGUUUUUUUAACUCAUUGCAGUGAUAUAACAUACCUGCAACAAAGAGGAAUUCUUGCUCCCACACUUGACAUGGUAGAAUCAAUCAAUGAAUACAUGGUAUCACUAAACCAUACUGAACCAAAAACAUAUUUGAGUUCCGAUAUAAUUUGCAUGUCAGACGAUGCUUUUACAGGUUUGGAACACGUACAUACACCUGAAUUCCUAAACACUAUUAAGUGUUCUGGAAUUCCAAAUCAUGUUAUUACUUUGAAAGUGGGUGUCCCAGUGAUGUUAUUGAGAAAUAUAGACCCAUAUUCAGGGCUAUGUAAUGGAACAAGAUUAAUCAUCACUAGACUCGGAAAUCGGGUUAUCGAAGCAAAACUAUUAUCGGGAAAUAUGGCUGGACAAAAGGUGUUCAUUCCGAGAAUGUCAUUAACUCCAUCUGAUGCAAGAAUACCUUUUAAGUUCCAACGAAGACAAUUUCCAAUAGUUGUAUCCUUUGCAAUGACGAUAAACAAAAGUCAAGGACAAUCUUUAUCUCAUGUUGGCUUAUAUUUGAAAAAACCAGUCUUCACACAUGGCCAGCUUUACGUUGCUCUAUCACGUGUUACAAAUAGAAAGGGAUUAAAGAUUUUGGUUUAUGAUGAAGAUGGACAAAUUUCAAAUGAAGCAAUAAAUGUGGUUUACAAAGAGGUUUUCCGAAAUUUACUUGGAGAAUGA